AUGGCGACUUCAAGCGACCAGGCCACUCAUCUAGACAUCGCGUCGCCCUCAGACAUCAAGACAGCCGCUGCGCACACAGAGACACACGAUGGAGAAAUCCAUAAUCAAGAGAACACAUUGGAUUCUGAUCCUUCGCCUGUCAUGCCUAAAGUCUCUGCGCCCGACGUCGAGAAGCCAAUUAGUACCCAAGAGCAAGUUGCUAUCGAAGAUUCAACAGAUGUCAAGACCGCGACUCUUGGUUCCCCCUUCCCCUCACCCAAGCUUGUUGCGGAAGACAACAAGAGUGUUGCCUCUCUUGAAGAUGGAGAGAUCAUAGAGCAAGACCUCGACGGCGGAGUCGGAGCGAGCCCUGUGACUGUGCAAGAGCAGCAAGAGCGAAUUGACGAGAAGCCGGAGUUGAAGCUUGCGUCUCCAAUCGCCAAGAAGGAAGCUCCUCUGGCAUCGCCCCCUGGACUGCAUGUCGAGGCCACCAAUACCGACGUUGACAUCGGAACCGAGGACAGCGACUUCAAGACCGACACAGACGCGAACAUCGAGGCGCCGAAGCCUUCGAGGCCAGCUCACAGUCUACCUCCGCACAUGCGGCCUGACUUCCAGUCGCCUCCAUCCCGCCUCUUCGGCCUUCCAGACCCGAGGCACAUGAUGUCGUCAAACGAGGUCAAUCGAUUCAACGACGCUCCGCGCGCCCCUCGCUCCCACUUCAAUUCCCACGGAUCCCGAGGCGGCGACCACGGCGAUCGCGAACAAAUCGUCCGCAUGAACGCACAGGUCAUGAAGCUAAAGAACGAACUCGACGCCGAGCGCAACAAGGGCGUGCGUCUCCGCAAGUCCAUCGAAGCUGAGCAGCAGCAAAAGGUCGAAGCCGCCUCAUCCGUCAUGUUGACGAACCUCCUCCGCGACCAAGCCACAACCCUGACGCUCAAGUCCAAAGUCGAAGCCCGAGAGCGCGACCUCGAUGAACGCGAGCAGAAAAUUACGCAGCUAGAAGUCUACCUCACCGAAGGCCAGAAACAGCUCAUGUACGCGCUGGAAGAGAACGGCGAUAGACCGAUGAGUGCUGUGCAGAUGGAACACGCCCGCCGCGAAGCCGAACUCAACGCGCAGAGGGCCAUGGCUGAUAUGAACGGAAAGUUGAACAUCAAGAUCGAAGCCCUCCGUCUCCGCGAAGCAGCCCAACAGAUGCGCGAGCAAAACUGGAAGGCUAUUGCCCGCGAGCAACUGGAAGCUGAAUUUGCUGAUAACUCCAUCACCCAUGAGAAGGCUGAUGAGGUUGCGGAGGAGGCGUAUAACGAUGGGUUUGGCGCGGGUAAAGAAGCCGGUCAUAAGGAAGCACUCAAGGAGUCGCACCAGCGCGGUUUUCUAGAGGGAUAUGGCGCGUGUCACCGUACGCAGGUCGCUUUGUGUAAGAUGCGCCAAGGCCUUAUUGCGAGGGACGAUCCUGAGCUGGACUUUUUGUAUGACGCCAAUCAUCCGCAUAACCUCUGGAACAUCGGGCAGAUGGUUGGACGGCUGGAGAAGGAGGAUAAGACUGCACUGACAAAGGAGGAUGCGAAGAAGGAAACUUCAGUCGAGAAGAAGAUCCUGGCGCCUGUCCAGGGAGAUGAUGAUCCCGAAGAAACCUCCAGGAUGAACCGCAAGAUCGACGGUCGAAUGAACGGUCAUACCAGUGGCCACACCGACGGCAACAUCAACGGACAUAACAACGGCAUCAACAGCAACACCAACGGCACCAUGAUCCACAAGCGCGAAGAACCCGCUAUCAAGAUGCCUCCGCCCCGCCCGACCUUCGCCGCCGAACUCCGCGGCCCCUCGCUGACACACAACGGGCACAUCGUCCUCGCCAACAACGUCGCGUCACCCGUUGCCAAGGAGACUGGUCGUCCGAUUAUCAAGUACGAGGAUGAGGGUGUGAAUCUGAUUGAUCUUAUGUAG